AUGGCACGUAUUCGUUUCCUCAGAGCUUUGCGAAUACUAUGGGUGGAAUACUGUGAAGAAAAUACCAUCAGCGCCAUGAAGUACUUGACAAUGAGCAAUCAAGGACUGAUGGAUCGAGGAUGGUGGGGUAAAUGGGUUGAUAAUCCUAUCUAUAUCAGUUACGAGACACAGCAGAUUCCGAUGUGGCAGGUUCCAUUUCCUGCUGUUACAGUUUGUCCCAUCGUCCAAGGUAAGGCUCAAUAUUACGAUAUUGACGAAGCAGUCGAUAGAGCCAUGCAUGGAGGUAAGCUCGACAGAGAAGAUUAUAAUUAUCUCGGCGCUUUAUCCCAUGUAUGUCCGACGAUGUCAAAAUAUUUUAAAUUUGGCGGGAAAUAUUCAGCUUCAACUGUCGAAAUGUUGGUGGACAUUGCUUUGGAUUUUGAACAAGUUUUUAUAAUAUGUCGCUGGAUGAAUACGUACAUUAAUUGUAGCAAACUUUGGUCUCAAACAAUAACCGAUAGCGGAGUUUGCUUUACAUUCAAUUCAAUAUCAGUUGAGAAUCUGUACAGAUUGGAAAAUCUUCACCGAGAGUUUGCCUAUUCCGAAGUGUCUGGUAUGUCUGAUGAUUGGUUUCGUGAGACCGGUUACACUAAUAACGUGGAUAUGCAAGCAUACCCAAGAAGACAAAUUGGAACUGGAUUAAGAUUUGGCUUAAAAGCUUUUUUGCUUUCUUAUAUGUUCGAUGAUUCUUAUUAUUGCCAUGGCGCCAAGACCGGAUUUAAACUGUUUGUUCAUCCUCCAGACGAAGCACCUUCAUUCGAUCAAUUCUACUAUCAUGUUUCAUUGCGCGAUAGUAUUUCGAUGAUGAUUAAACCACAAGUUACAGCUACAUCACAAUCACUUCGAUCGCAACCAUACAAAGAUCGACAGUGUUUGUUCGAAAACGAACGAUACCUACGGUUCUUCCGGAUCUACAACCAGCAUAACUGCAUCCAGGAGUGUAUGGUUAACUUCACCUACGAUUUGUGUGGAUGCGUUAAAUUUUCCAUGCCAAGAAGCGCGGACAUGCGAGAGUGCGCCCCCAGCGAAAUCAGCUGCUACUCUGGAGCCUAUAUCAAAAUGUAUUCCCAGCAAAUCGGGAAAAAUACUAGCAAUCCUUGUGGUUGUUUGCCAGCCUGCGGAUCACUGUCCUAUGAUGUAGAAAUUUCCAAUAUGCCACUGGAUAUACUGUCGAUUUUUAGAGCUUACGGACAAGAUAACGCCAAUAUGUCGGAAUUUGUUAUGUCUCAAAUUUCGAUCAGCAUUAAAGACAAAUGGAUACUGCCAAUGGUCCGUCAGGAAUUGAUGGGCGUUGGUGAUUUGGUGGGUACUUUGGGAGGUUUGUUCGGACUCAUGAUUGGAGUGAGUGCUUUGAGUCUCUUGGAAAUCGUUUACUUCUGCCUCAUAAGACCCUUUAGAAAGGAAAAACCUGCUCCUAGAAAACGGUAUGUGAUACCGUGGCGGAAUCCAUAUCGAUAA